AUGCUAUCUUCACUUGUUAAAGAACAUCAAGUAAAACAAGCAGCCCGCAAGGAAAGCCAAGAUAUUAAAAGAAAAGAGGCAGUGAAUGCAGCCAAUGAAUUAACCAACGCACUGGUCGAACACCUUAAUGUUGGUGUUGCCCAAGCGUAUCUCAAUCAAAAAAAACUCGAUGCUGAAGCAAAACAAUUACACCAGAGUGCAAUUGUCUUCUCCAAACAAACUUCUCAAUGGCUGUCACUGAUCGACAACUUUAAUAGUGCUCUUAAGGAGUUGGGCGAUGUUGAGAACUGGACACGUACCAUUGAAAAUGACAUGCAAAACAUCACCACUACCCUAGAGUAUGCAUAUAAAGUUUCACAAAAACCUUAA